AUGCACAGACGCUCGUCGGGCUCCCCCGUCGAGGACGAAGACUCCGCCUCCCGAGCAGACGAUGGGACCGCCAUCGACGAGAAAACCAGAUCCCAAAUAGCUAGGCGUGGCACCAGCUUUGACCUUCGCCGCGACGGCAGUGCGACACCGCGCUCCCGAAACUCGAGCAUGUGGCGCACCCCGUUGUCCCAACCUUCCAACGAUACCAAACCGAUGCCAUUGGGUUCCCCUCGACUUCCAAUGGAAGCUCCCCCUCCCGAAGGCCGUCUUGCGCGACAAUCCCGACAACGCAGUCCAUGGUCCUGCUCUAUCCUGACGGCCUUGACCACUUGCGUUGCUGUCGCGUUCUUGAUCUCCAUCGUGAGCUCGUUCGCCGGUCGGCAACAUGGCGGAGACGGGUGCGGUGUCCCAAUGAUGAGUCCGACGUUCAUUCGUAUGCUAGAGUUUGACACGGAACACACCCGUUUUGCAAGCAAAUACAAUCUCUUCCUUUAUCGGGAGGAAGGUGUGGAUCCUUAUACCCAGGAUAACAUCGGGUUAAACGGCGUGCCAGUUCUGUUCCUUCCCGGAAAUGCUGGAAGCUAUCGCCAAGUCCGAUCUUUGGCCGCCGAGGCCUCACGACAUUACUACGAUGUAGUCGCACACGAUGAGAGCCGCCAUGCGGCCGGAACGCGGAGCUUGGACUUUUUCAUGGUGGACUUCAAUGAGGAUAUGGCGGCGUUCCAUGGACAAACUCUGUUGGAUCAGGCGGAAUACGUGAACGAGGCGAUCUCGUACAUUCUAUCGCUAUACCAUGAUCCGCGACGCACCCGCCGAGAUCCAGGGUUGCCAGACCCCAGUGCAGUCAUCCUUAUUGGACACUCGAUGGGUGGGAUAGUGGCACGAACUUCUCUGACUAUGGCAAACUACCAGGCUAACUCGGUCAAUACGAUCAUCACCAUGUCUGCACCUCACGCAAAACCGCCCGUCUCUUUCGAUUCCGACAUUGUUCACACCUAUAAACAAAUCAACGACUACUGGCGCGAUGCCUAUGCCCAGACAUGGGCCAAUAACAACCCGCUAUGGCAUGUUACUCUCAUCUCCAUCGCGGGUGGUGCGCGUGAUACUGUGGUGCCCUCCGAUUACGCCAGCAUCUCCUCCCUUGUUCCCGAGACACACGGAUUUACCGUAUUUACCUCGUCUAUUCCAGAUGUCUGGAUUGGCAUGGAUCAUCUGUCGAUUACUUGGUGCGACCAAUUCCGCAAGGCGAUUAUUAAAUCCUUGUUUGAGAUCGUCGAUGCCCGACGCCCUACCCAAACGAAACCACGGGCAGAACGGAUGCGUGUGCUCAAGCGAUGGUACUUGACGGGUCUGGAAUCAGUGGCUGAGCGUACACUGCCCCAGAAGGAAGCAAAUACCCUUUUGACACUUGAAGAUAACGCAAACACCAUUCUUGCACAGAGCCAACGGCUCAUCCUGCGUGAACUGGGCCUACAGCAUGGCCCGGAUGUUCGCCUUUUACCAAUCCCUCCCCAGGGUGUUUCUGGCAAAAAGUUUACUUUGCUGACGGACCAAUCGCUUGACAAGAAUGGUAACAUUGAGGUUCUCUUCUGCAGCGUGUUCCCGCUAUCCAAUGGCCGUUCAACCAACUUCCCGUUGAAUUUGGAUUUCUCCGGUGGCACCGUGGGCUCAACCCGUUUGGCCUGCAAAAGCGCGGCGGAAGAUAGCAUUCAUUUGCCUGCCUCGACCCGCGCAUCGAAACAUGCUUAUGAUCGUAACCCGCCAUUCUCGUAUCUCCAGUACGACUUGGAGAGUCUUGCAGAACAUCAAUUCGUGGCCGUCGUGGACAAGGCCAAUGUGCCAACUCCAGGCUUCCUUGUCGCCGAGUUCUCAGACAGCUCGGAUGCAAUAAUCCGGGCCAAGGUGGGACUGGGAGGAUUGCUUAGUGCUGGUCUUAAAAUGCGGCUACCCGCGAACCGACCCAUGCUCACCGAGGUGAAGAUCCCCGCACUGUAUUCGAGCCUGCUCGACUACCGGCUGAAGAUCACUCGCCACCCACAGAAGGAGGAGCUGUUCGCUCCGUUGCUCCGGCAAUCUGUCUCCGACCCUCACGAGUCGAAGUUCUUCGUUAAUGUCAAUGAAGUCAGCGUUAACCUGCAUGGUGUGGCACCGUAUAUGCCGCCUGCAAUCAGCGAACAGGCCGCCCUAGGGGGCGUAUCAUUCCACUUGUGGACGGAUCCAACCUCUGGCUCGACGGUCGAUAUCUCCCUUCAAGUCGAUCUCGCCAGCAGUCUUGGCGAGCUAGUGAUGCGGUACCGGACCGUCUUCGCGGCAUUCCCACUGCUCGUCGUUGCCCUCGUUCUCCGGAAGCAGUUCCAGGUCUAUGAUGAGUCUGGUUACUUUAUUCCCUUUAACGAUGGCCUUGAUCGUGCAUUGCGGUCUUCCUUCCCGAUUCUGCUGGUGGCCAUGUCUCUUUUGGCCUCCUCCCUGGCUACCUCCAAAGCCCUACCUCAGACCGACGAACCCCUCCAUUGGCGGUCCAACUCGACCGAGACUCCCGUCGACUUCACCAAGAAUGACCUCUUGCUUGGCUCCCAAGACGCUUUCUUCUGGUUCUUAGUUCCAGUAUUUGGUCUUAUCAGCGUUGGGGUCUGCGUUCUUGUCAAUUAUCUCGCCCUCGUCCUCGUGAACAUCCUCUCCUGGGUCUAUGGGAUUCUGCACAGCAAGUCAGGCUAUAUCCGGCGAGAAGACCGGGGAAAUCUGCCGAUCUUCCACACCCCCACUCCUCGGCGACGCAUUAUCCACACCGCUAUCCUUCUGAUCCUUGUUUCGACUGUCAUCCCCUAUCAAUUUGCAUACAUGGUCGCCUGCAUUGUGCAGCUAGCCACAUGUGUGCGGGCACAAUGGCACGCCAAGGAAACCAGAUCGACCUCGCACCUGAACUUUGGGAACUACGCACAAUCUAUCUUAACCCUGAUGUUGUGGGUAUUGCCAAUUAACGUGCUUGUUCUCCUGGUUUGGGCCCACAACCUCGUUGUGCACUGGUUUAUGCCAUUCUCAUCCCACCACAACGUCUUAUCUAUCAUGCCCUUCCUCAUUCUCGUCGAGACCAUGACCAGCGGCGCUAUGAUCCCGCGCAUUACGACCAGGUUCAGACACGUCACCUCAACAAUCUUCUUCGCCAUCGCCAUCUACUCGGCGAUCUACGGCGUCUCCUACGCGUACCUCCUCCACCACCUCGCCAAUCUCCUUGCAGCCUGGUUCGUCGGGAUCUACCUAUUCGGCAACAACUUCUCUCCGCGCCGUCUGUGGCGUAUCAUCGAUGGCGACGAACUCCCAUCUGAAACAGGGAGCAGUCACGUUAAGAAGAAGCCAUGA